GAGCUGCCACCCGUGCGUGGUCCUGGGUCACGUGGGGUAGGCUCACGUGACCGGAGGUCCGAGUCCAAAAUGGCGUCCUCCAUGGGUCGCUUCCUUCUCUUCUUCAUUGCGCUGCGCGGCUUCCUACUGGAGGCAUCCGGCGACCUCGGCUCGGGGGCCUCCCGCGACGACGACGUGCUCUUGCCCUACUCCCGCGCGCGCGCGCGCCUCGCCCGGGACUGCACAAGAGUGCACGCCGGCCGCCUGGAGCAUGAGAGUUGGCCGCCGGCCGCCCAGACCGCCGGCGCCCACCGCCCCUCCGUGCGCACCUUCGUCUCGUACUUCGCAGACCGCGCGGUGCCCGGUCACCUAACGCAAGCGCCCGAGCCCCUGCGCACCUUUUCGGUCCUGGAACCCGGCGGACCCGGCGGCUGCGCGUCGAAGCGCCGCGCCACUGUGGAGGAGACGGCGCGGCUGUCCGGCUGCACCGUUGCCCAGAACGGCGGCUUCUUCCGCAUGGAGACGGGCGAGUGCCUGGGCAACGUGGUGAGCGGCGGGCGGCGGGUGAGCAGCGCCGGGGGGCUGCAGAACGCGCAGUUCGGGAUCCGCCGCGACGGGACUCUGGUCACCGGAUACCUGUCUGAAGAGGAGGUGCUGGACACUGAGAAUCCGUUUGUGCAGCUGCUGAGUGGGGUUGUGUGGCUGAUUCGCAAUGGCAGCAUCUACAUCAAUGAGAGUCAGGCGGCUGAGUGUGAGGAGACCCAGGAGACAGGUUCCUUCAGCAGAUUUGUGAACGUGAUCUCAGCCAGGACAGCCGUGGGCCACGACCGGAAGGGGCAGCUGGUGCUCUUGCACGUGGAUGGGCAGACGGAGCAGCGGGGCAUUAACCUGUGGGAGAUGGCGGAGUUCCUGCUGAAACAGGAUGUGGUCAACGCCAUCAACCUGGAUGGAGGAGGCUCCGCCACCUUCGUGCUCAACGGGACCUUGGCCAGUUACCCGUCUGAUCACUGCCAGGACAACAUGUGGCGCUGUCCCCGCCGCGUGUCCACUGUGGUGUGUGUGCACGAGCCCCGCUGCCAGCCGCCGGACUGCAGCGGCCACGGGACCUGUGUGGAGGGGCGCUGCCAGUGCACGGGGCGCUUCUGGCGGGGUGCUGCCUGUGACGAGCUGGACUGUGGCCCCGCCAACUGUAGCCAGCACGGGCUCUGCACGGAGACUGGCUGCCGCUGCGAAGCUGGAUGGACAGGGUCCAACUGCAGUGAGGCUUGCACCAGUGGCUUCUUCGGGGAAGACUGCGCCCAGAAGUGUCAGUGUCCGGAUGCAGCCACCUGCGACCCCGUGCAGGGGACCUGCACCUGUCCCCCUGGCUUCACUGGAGACACCUGUGUGCAGGAGUGUCCGCUCGGUUGGUACGGGCCAGGCUGCCAGAGCCCUUGCAAGUGUGAGCACCAGUGUCCUUGCGACCCCCAGACCGGCAACUGCAGUGUCAACUGGUCACCCACCCUGAGCAGCCUCUUCUCCCGAGUGAAGGAGUGUUUCCCACCUCCUGAGGUCACUGUGCGGGCAGAAGAACUCUCCCUUCUCACCAGGACCACCUGGCUGGCCAUCACCUUGGCCCUGGCGUUCCUCCUGCUGAUCAGCACAGCAGCGAAUGUGUCCUUGUUCCUGGGGUCGAGGGCCGCACGGAGCCGGCACCUGGAUGGGGCCUAUGUCUACCACCCGCUGCAGGAGGUGAACGGGGAGCACCCGGCCGCUGAGAAGGAGCAGCUGGGUGACUCCUGUAACCCCUUCAAGGACUGAAGCCUCCCGCUGCCGGUUGUGUCCUAUUCCCGAGGCUCAUUUCCAGGAGCUCUGGCUUCUGCAAGAGGAAGUCCCAAGGCCACCGACCCAUCUGGGUAGUCGAGACCUGGGUGCCAAGCCGGGUUUCCGACAGCAACGUGCCUCAGCCCCGCGCCUGGCCGCCUGCCAUGGCACAUGCAGUCCAGCGCUCCCAGAGUGCCUGCCUCCGUCCCCGCCUGCCUGUGUCUGCUGCUCACGGGGCCUGCCCCCCGCCAGGGCCUGCCCACUGCUGCCAAAGAGCCUCCGCCUCCCAGGGCCGGAGCCGCUGUGAACGGAACUCAUGAUGACUAUGCCGCAGCCAAGUGGGAGGGUCCAGCCGUUCCCCCGGACGGGGGUGGGCUGAAGAGACGACAGCCACAUCAUGGGACCCUUUUUUAACAGACCUCAUCGUCAAACUUGCCCACUGGAAUGGUGUUACCUGUCGCAGGAAGCUCCUUAGAAGGGAGGAGGGAUGAAAUCAUGUUUACAGGCUCUCUAUUUUGCCCUGCCGCUGAGAGGGUUUUUCUACCACUUGAAUAAAUUGAUAAAAUAAAUUGAUAUAAUAAAAGAA